AUGGAAGUCUACAUCGACGACAUGUUAGUCAAAUCCUCAAAGGGGGAGGACCACAUCUCCCAUCUAAGAGAAUGUUUCGAAAUCCUCAACAAAUACGACAUGAAGCUAAACCCAGCUAAGUGUACCUUCGGAGUACCUUCCGGCGAAUUCCUAGGUUACCUCGUAACCGAAAGAGGCAUCGAAGCCAACCCGAAACAAAUAGCGACAUUCCUGGAAAUGCCAUCACCUAAAACGACCAGAGAGGUACAAAGAUUGACCGGACGGAUCGCAGCACUAAAUCGAUUCAUCUCCAGGUCCACCGAUAAAUGCCUUCCAUUCUAUAAACUUCUGAAAAAUAAUAAGAAGUUCUUAUGGGAUGAAAAGUGCGAAGAAGCCUUCAAACAGCUGAAGGCUUACCUCUCGGAACCUCCGAUACUAUCCAAACCUGUAGUAGGAGAACCACUGUACCUGUACCUCGCCGUGUCGGCAGCUGCAGUCAGCGGAGUGCUAGUACGAGAGGAACAAAACGAACAGAGACCUGUCUAUUAUACUAGCAAAAGCUUAAUAGACGCCGAGACGAGAUAUCCCACCAUGGAAAAACUAGCCCUAGCAGUCGUGACAGCUGCCAGGAAGCUGCGACCUUAUUUCCAAUCGCACUCGAUCAUCGUAAUGACCUCACAACCAUUACGGACGAUUCUGCAUAGCCCUAGCCAAUCCGGACGAUUAGCAAAAUGGGCUAUAGAGCUCAGCGAGUACGACAUCGAGUACAGACCCCGAGCAGCAGCAAAAGCUCAGGUCCUCGCCGAUUUCGUUAUUGAGCUAGCAUCCGAACAUCUAGACCAGGAAACAGAGGUUCCGAAAUGGAGCCUAUACGUGGACGGAGCCUCGUCAAGGCAAGGCUCCGGUGUCGGUUUAAGACUAACCUCCUCAGCCGGAGAAACCAUCGAACAAUCCUAUAGACUUGGAUUUAACGCUUCCAACAACGAGGCCGAGUACGAAGCACUAAUCGCUGGAUUAAAGCUCGCCCUGAGCCUCGGAAUUCGGGAGCUAAACGCCUACAGCGACUCGCAGCUGGUAGCUAGCCAGUUUCACGGGGAAUACGAAACAAGGGACGAAAGAAUGGGGGCAUACCUCGAGGUCGUCCUAAACCUCACAAAGCAGUUUGACAAGUUCGAGCUAACGAGGAUCCCACGAGGGGAGAACUCCUCAGCAGACGCGCUCGCCGCAUUAGCUUCCACAUCCGACCCUCUCGUAAAACGAAUUAUACCCGUGGAAGGAAUCGAGAAGCCAAGUAUCGACAUAGCUACCAAGGCUGAGAUGGAUAGCAAACCAAAGGAAAAAAUAGAGGAUAACAGCCUCCCGACGGUAGCUACCCAAGUUUUCACGACAUUCUGGUUCCCGAAAACUAGAACACGCAGCUUUAGAAAGCACACCUCCAGGAAAGCAACCCAGAACCCGGAAAACAACGACAAAAGUGAAGGUACUCACCGAAGUUCAGACUCCCUAGAGCCUAACUCUACGAGUACCUCCGGGGGCACCAUCCAGACCUCGGAGCCACUUGUCUAUAAAGUCCAAACAAGAAGCCGCACCGCUCUUAAAAACGCAUCUAGGAACGCUACACAAACCACAGGGGAUAACGAGGAAAUUGGAGAUAUUCCUCAGAACCCAGAACCUACUCCAACGAAUAUCUCCGGGGGCACCACGGCACCAGGUCCCGAACAGGAAUCUCCCUCCUCUCUUCACAACAAAGUUGUAGGGAGAGAAGACUGGAGAAUACCGAUCAUGGAUUACAUCCUAGAGGGAAAAAUUCCACCCAACAAGUGGGAGGCUCGAAAACUCAAAGCUUAG